AUGAUAGAAUUUACCAGAGCAGAAGUUGAAAAAAAAUAUACUAAGUCCAAUGGAUACAAGGAAGACGCUGUCGUCAUAUAUGGCGACACUGACUCAGUCAUGGUCAAAUUUGGUGUGAAAACUUUAGAAGAAAGCAUGGAGCUUGGUAGAGAAGCUGCUGAAUUUGUGACUUCAAAAUUUGUUAAACCCAUUAAAUUGGAGUUUGAAAAAGUAUAUUACCCUUACCUUCUUAUUAAUAAAAAGAGGUAUGCGGGACUCUAUUUUACUAAACCAGAUAAAUAUGAUAAGAUGGAUUGUAAAGGCAUAGAAACUGUCAGAAGAGAUAACUGUCCCUUAAUUUCGAAUAUGAUGAGUACUUGUCUUCAGAAACUUUUAAUAGAUAGAGAUCCUGAUGGUGCUAUUAAUUAUGCCAAACAAAUGAUAUCCUGA